AUGGGCUCCGGGGGCCGGGCGCUGUCCGUGGUGCCGGCUGUGCUGCUGGCCCUCACUCUGCCCGGGCUGCCCGUCUGGGCGCAGAACGACACGGAGCCCAUCGUGCUGGAAGGCAAGUGCCUCGUGGUGUGCGACUCGAACCCGGCCACAGACUCCAAGGGCUCCUCUUCCUCCCCUCUGGGGAUCUCGGUCCGGGCGGCUAACUCCAAGGUCGCCUUCUCGGCGGUGCGGAGCACCAACCACGAGCCGUCGGAGAUGAGCAACAAGACGCGCAUCAUUUACUUCGAUCAGAUCCUAGUAAAUGUGGGUAAUUUUUUCACCCUGGAGUCUGUCUUUGUAGCACCAAGGAAAGGAAUUUACAGUUUCAGUUUUCACGUAAUUAAAGUCUACCAGAGCCAAACAAUCCAGGUUAACCUGAUGUUAAAUGGAAAACCAGUAAUAUCUGCGUUCGCUGGGGAUAAAGACGUUACACGUGAGGCUGCCACGAAUGGGGUCCUGCUCUACCUGGAUAAAGAGGAUAAGGUUUACCUAAAACUGGAGAAAGGUAACUUGGUCGGAGGCUGGCAGUAUUCCACGUUCUCUGGCUUUCUGGUGUUCCCCCUAUAGAAUUUGAUUUCUUCGCGAUGUUCAUCCAGGUGAGGGGCGGCCCACCCCUGAGUUCCUGGAAGAUCAUUUCCUCAUCAUCGGAUUGAUGUCUUUUCUUGGUUUCUCAUGGGUGAAUAUGGAUUCUCUGUAAGGAUGCUAGGCCUGUCUGAAGCAGUACUGAGCUCCACAGAUUAUUUUUGUGCGUGUGCGUUUCCGUGUACUUGGAUCGAGACUCACAGCAGUUGAUACCCAUCUAUGCUUAAGUGUAACAGUUCAGAGCUGUCUGCAAGGUUUAUUCUGAAUUUAAUUUCCUGGAAUUACUGAAUUCGUUGCAGAUGUGGCAUUUUAUUUAGUUAGUUUUCAAA